AUGUGGAAUGCACUCGUUGAUAACACGGUGAACAAUGCUGCAGCAUCCGUGCGUGUACUAGGCGACGAAGGGGCUGUGCAUGUGCUCAUGCAUGUUAUGGGUAAUGACAAGCGCGCCGUAGGCGCCCUUCUCGUCCGUGUCCAGUCACUGGCGGAAGGCACCCCACUCGCUUUCUGGCAUCCUGCUUUCGCCACACCCGAGGCGCAUCGCUUCUUCCAGGAUGUCUUCGCGCGCACCCAUGCAUUCGUCGUUGUUGAUGUCAGAUCGAAAACGAUCCGCAUGUGCGGCGACGAUGCUGCAGUCAAGGAAGCGACGUAUCUCGUUGCGCACGAAGUGGAGCGCCUCGCGACACUCGGAUUGGUUGUCACAUUGAAACGCAAAUCUGUCAGUUUCUUCAUGAAGAAGGGAAUGGGAGUCUUGAACGAGACUCUCGGCGAGGGCAUGGCCAACCUCGAUACCUCGACGAAACCCCCCACGAUAAUACUCCGCGGCGGAGACGACGCUCGCCACGUGCUCACUGGCCUGAUCGCGGAGUCGCUGGCCCAUUCAUCGUCGAGCGCGACAGCGGGCAAUUUGUGCGACACCCAGCCAUGCCCUGUGUGCUCAGAAAUGCCUGUGCAUCCCGAACGCCUCCCUUGCGGGCACGCCUACUGCAUAAGCUGCCUGCGGCACUACCUCACGACUGCACAAUCGCGCUCAGCCUUCCCCCUUGUCUGCAUGGGCGAUGCCACGCAGUGCCGCUCGCCCAUCCCGAUUCCCGUCAUCCGCCGCUUCGUGCGCGCAUAUCACGCGUUCGAUGCCCUCCUCCGCGCGUCGUUUCUCAAUCACCUUGACCGCCACGCCGAUGAGCUGAAGUACUGCAAGACGCCGGACUGCACCCAGAUUUACCGCGCAACCCCAAAGGGCACCAAUAGCGCCGCGGCGUUUGCCGAGUGCCCGUCCUGCUUCGCGACGGUUUGCACGGCGUGCCAUGAUGAGGCACAUGAAGGGCUCAGCUGUAGCGAGCUUGCAGGCGCACGGGAUAGAGAGAACGACCGUUUAUUCUCCGUGUGGGCGGACACAAAUGGAGUUAAACACUGUCCAGCGUGUGGCAUUCCGAUAGAGCGCAUCGAUGGCUGCAACCAUAUCGAGUGCCGCUGCGGAAGGCACCUCUGCUGGAAAUGUCUGGCCGUGUUCGACACAUCUCAGGACGUCUACGCCCACAUGGAAGACUCGUAUGGCGGUCCAUUCGAAUUCAACAGGCGCAAUGAGAAUGCAGCCUGA